AUGAUCGCUGCUAGUAGCGUCCUCGCAUCCGCGAAAUUCAUAGCCUCUUUUGUGGUGGUCUUUCUGUCGUCUUCGGGGUUGGCGGCACUUAUCAUCCCCCGCCAUCGUCUUUGGAUCAAAAUCAGGAUGCUAACCGCCUUCCGCGCUCUAGCACCCCACGAAACCACGACCACAACCGGCAACAGCACCAGCAACUCGACGUCGUCGUCCCGCGGAGGAGGAGGCGGGAUAUCGUUGGAAGCUCCGGCACCUGCAUCGGCCUCGCCGUUCCCAUCGCCCUCAUCGUCGUUCUUGCCGCCGCCUACGCCUGGCGCGCACGAGUUUGCGGUUAAGCCCCCGCCGAGGAAGACCUCCGCGAACGCUUAUAUGCUUGGCGGUGCCGGCUUGGGGAUCACCAACGGCACUCGGGAUACAUCCGCCACUUCGACUUCGACUAACAUCACCCCUGCACUGAACGGAACAGCAGCAGUCAACGGCCACGGUGUCGAUUCAUCGGCAGGACCCAUGAAUGGCAUCAUCGAGGAGGAAGACUCGGUCGUGCCCAAACGCAAUUCAACUCCGAACGCAGCAUCGACGAAUUUGAAUUCAAAGCGCGAAAGCGGAAAUAGUAACCCCAAGAAAUCAGGCCAGACGCCAACGUCAACGGCGACGCUAUUGUCUUCUGCUGGUAACCCUCAACCCCACAUCACCACAUCUCAAGAAGACUCGAAGAUGGUGGUGUCCCCCGUGACACCUACGCCUUCGACUUUGGGCUUCGCGAAAGACAAGUCUGACGAGAUCGUUGACGACAAGAACAAUAACAACAACACGCGGGCUUCGAAUUCGACUUUGAACUUGGGGAGUGUGAAUGGAGUCAAUGGUUUCGUUCAUGGUGAUUCUUCGAUAACGACUGCGACCACCGGUUUACCCGGUUCCACAACCUCGACUUUGACCUCGACCGCGACCUCGACAUCAGCGAUGCCAGCAACAUCAUCCACACCCUCGAACAUCACGAUACCCUCCAAACGCCUCUCCCAAGAAAAAACACCAACGACACCUCGCAGUCCCUCCGGGUUCAACCCAACAUCAUCAUCCUCGCGCCCACCUUCAUCCUACUUCCCACCCGACUUUUCGUUGACCUCCUCGCGCCCCGCGCCGCCCUCUCCAGCACUCUCCGCCACGACCAACUCGCCGUCCAAUUCGAAACGCCUCUCGGCUGCGCUGAGCAGUUCGAGUCGGUCUGGAGGAGGAGGUGGUGGUGGUGGUGGGAGUCGGCCGCCGUCGGGGGUGUUCACGCUUGGUCACGGGCAUUCCAAUUCCAAUUCGUACUCCCAUUCCCAUUCGCAUUCUGGCUCGCUUUCGCGCGCCAACUCGCUCUCCCAAAAACGACAAUCCCAGUUGAGCAGUUUUGUGCUGCCGAGUCCGUUGGCUAGUCCUACGCAAUUUGGUGCAGGUGGUGGGAGUGUGUUUGCGAGUUAUCAGCAGCAGCAGCAGCAACCACCGGUUACGCCUACCGCUGCUUCGUCAGGGGCUACAAGUGCAGGCGUGGGCAACGGGAUAGGAGCAGGUAGUGGAGACGUAUUCUCGCCUCCGCCGCCCAACUCGGCGAGCAGUGAGGCGAGUGUGGCGAGUACGGUUACGCCGCUGAGUGCGCCUUCACCGACGUUUGGCGCGUUCCCGUCUGGGACGAGGGAAGACGAGGCGUCGUCGUCGUCGUCGAAUCGUAAUAGUCUCUCAGCACCACUACCUUCAGCAUCGUCACAAUCACAAGCACAACCAGAGCCGGGGGCGACGACGACAUCGAACCGCAACAGCCUGUCUGCUGCACCGCCGUCAUCUACGAUUAAACGCGUCUCCAAGACGGUAUACAUCAAGAUUCGAGAUUUUGCUUUUCCGGAUGAGGAUGAGCGGCAUCGGGGGUUGGGAGUUCAUGUUCCGAAGAGUAAUAGAGUUGCGAGGUUGAAUCGGAGGUUGAGGAGGGGGUGGGUUGUUGCCCGCCGCGCGCAACACUCCCGCCGGACACACAGUACAUCCUCGAUCUCAUCCAACAACUCGUGGCGGUCAUCCACCUCUUCGAACGCGUCGUCUACGACGUCUGGUGACGAGGAGGAAGAGGAGACGUGGGGGGAUGAUGCUGGGUGGGAUAGUUUUAGGAUGGGUUUUGGGAGGUUGAGUUGGAAUACUGGGGGGUUUGUUGGUGGUGGUGGGUAUGGUGGUAGUGCGGGGUAUGGUGGUGCGAGUGGGGGAGGAGGGGGGUUCCCGAGUCGGAGUGAUCUGGAUAGGAACUUUAUGGACGCCGACGACGAGGAUUACGACGACGGUCCGCAGUACGGCGAGGAUCAGUUCCAAGACGGGGUCGACCACGACAUGGAUGACGGAGAACUGGACGGCGAGGAAGAGGAAGAGAUGGAGGAAGAAGAACCGAUGUACCCGGGUAUCUACCGUGCGCUGUUUGCGUUUGAGCCGGAGGGUACGGCUGAGGUUAGGUUAGUGGAGGACCAGCUUGUGCGUGUUGUGGGACGGGGAGGUGGGGUUGGGUGGGCUGUUGUUGAGGUUGGGUGGAGGCCUGGGAAGGAUUUUUUGGAGAGUUUGAAGGCUUCGUCUUCUUCCGCGUCUACCUCAUCUGCAUCUGCUACGCAACAAACACCUUCAACACAACCACCUUCAACACAACCACAACCACAAACACCAACGCAAAUGGGAGAAGGAGGGGCAGACGACAGCAUGGACCUGAUCCCCCUGGAAGUAACGGAAGAAAAUGUACGUGUUACGGAGGAGAAUGUGGGGAUGGGAGGUGGAGGUGUUGAUGUUGUUAGGAGUGAUGGGACGAAGGUGAGGCAUGGGCUUGUGCCGGAGAGUUAUUUGGCGCCUGUUAGGUUGGAGGUUUGA